CGCGUCUUUCCGGGACUCCGGCGGAAGUGCAGACCAACAACACAAACUGACAUGGCGACGUUCUUUGGAGAAGUGCUGUCCGUGUACUCCCGGGCCGUGGAGGAGGACGACGACGAGGAGGAGCAGGAUGAAGAGGACCAGCUCAUCCUGAGAGAGCUGGAGGACAAGAGGCAGGUCCGGGUACGCUGGAGCCCCACGAUAGAGCAGAGCCCGGACAGCGGCCACAGACUGCCCUGCCCACACCUGCUGCUGGCCGUGGGACACAACGCCACCAGGUUUGUCUCUGUAUACUUCCUGUCCCAUGGAGGCUGGGAUGCAGUGGGACACGUGUCUUUGUGGAAUGAGAGGACUGUCCACUCUGAGGACACUACUUGUGUUCUGCACCGGCACAGGGAGAGCCACGUGCUAGUGUGUCAGGUGGAUUGCUUUGUGGCGGAGGACCAGCUCUUCCAAUGGACCGAGCAGGUCCUGGGCAGCCUGGACGCCUCUCAGGUCACUGUGCUGUCGGACUGUCCAGCGGCAGAGUACCAAUCACCACAACCUCUGGGCCCUGAUCCUUGCUUGCGGUCUCUUCACACCUCUGCGUGGUCCGAGCCAAUCUGCUGCCCCCCGGUAGAGCUGCCCAAUCUGGUGUCAGGUCUCCCUGCUGCAGUGGUGAGCUUCUGUCAGCUCCACAACAUCAGUGCUGCGGUGUACCAGUGCUACAGUGAUGCCCGCUCUGCAGACUCCACCACCAUGGACAUGUUCAGACCGGUUGUAGCCCGUCUGGCACAGGAUCUCAAGCUGGAUUUCUCGCCUGACCGGGAUAUCCUCAGGAAGUUCAUCUCACAAGCUAAUGUCCAGAGCAAUCUUUACAUUUAAUAUGGAUUUUUGAUUUUUUUUUUUAAAUAAAACAAUUUCAAAAUUUU